CGUACUUGAAGAAGAUUAAAUAGUUUAUUUAAGAAAGACUACCAAUGGUUAUUCAUCUUUGAAUAAAACUACUGGUCAAUUUGAAGAAUUGCGCAAUGUAUCAGCAUAUAAAACAGGUCUAGCAUCACGUUGGAUAACAUUCGUUUAUGAAACUGAUGAAAAUGUCUUCUAUCCACCAUUGAUCGAUAAAAUAACUUUUGAUCAAAGUACUUUAGCAGAAAGUGUGAAACCAGAUAUAUGGACAAUCGAUACUGUGCAAGAUCUUUUACCAACAUUUACUGACAUUUUAAGAGUCGGUCCUAUAAAAAUAAAAAAAGAUGAUAUCAAACUAUUGCUGGAUAAUGACGGUGAUAUUAAUGAUUUGAUUAUAGAUGCUCAUUUAUUUAUUACUGCAACUACAGCAACAUUUCACAAAAGAGCUUUAGCGAUGGAAACCCAUACAGUAUCUGAAAUAAUUCAGAAGAAAAUAAAACACAUUAAAAAAUCAUGGUUUGAUUACGAUAUUAUUCUCUGUCCGAUCAAUCAAAAACAUCAUUGGUAUUUAGUAAUAAUUGAUCUGGAACGAAAUUUAAUAAUUCAAUAUGACUCAUCACCUACACAUGAUCUUCCACGUCGACAAAACCUACAACGUCUCAUACAUAUGAUAAACAUUCAUAAUUUUUUAAAAAAUCGUACUGAUAUAGAUUUUCAAAGUGCUUGGAAACUAUCCGAACCAAGUGAAGAUUUCCACUUACAUCAAAACGAUCAACAUUCAUGUGGCGUCUAUCUUUUAACACAAGCUAAAGCUUACAUUAAUCGUGAACAACAUCAACCUAUUCCACAAGAUGAGAUCAAUUUAUAUAGACAUCAAAUAGCUGAAGAAAUACUUCGAAAAGCAGAACCAAUAUCCGAUGACAGUAUAUCAGACAUAUCCGACAUCUACGUCCCAAACACAAAUCAACGCAUCAAAAGAACAAAGAAAACAAGAGCAACGAAAGCGAAACAUCAACCAAAAUGA